UAAGGGAAGUUUUUGGAAAAGUUAAAAAUAAUUUCUUACAUAAUACAUACUAAAAUAUUAACCUUUUCAAUCUAGAAAUAGGCUUUCCUUUUCUUUAAUACCUAUUUAUAGAAAGUCAACUUUCCGAUUUUAAGCAAUGCAUACGAGCUGUUAUGUUUAUUCAACUAGAUUAUAAUAAUGUCAAAGUGUUUCAUCUGUAGCCGUUUCAUACCAGAUAAUGAUAAAUAUGCUCAGGACAUACUCAGUGAAUGUCCUGUAGUUGGGAGUACAUUAGUAAAGCUAAUAAGUGAGAUAGUGGAUAAAACAAUCCCAGAUGAAGAUCUACAUUCAAAGGUGGUCUGCAAGGAUUGUCAUAAGUCCUGUAUCAAUUAUGACGUGGCUAAGAAAACUUCAACCAACCUAAAAACCAAACUGCUUACAAACUUCAAGAAUGGGCUGCCAAAGUUUGGGCUGUCCUACAACACAUAUCCGAAAAAACCUCCUAUAACACCCACCAAGAAAGUGGUGGUGUCUGCGUCCAAACUGCAACCGUUGCCACCGGACUAUGUUAUCAACGUGUCGAAGUUACCCAGCUCGCUUAGUCCUGAGAAGUUAAAUUUGACGAAGAGUUUGAACGUACCAUCUUCACCGUCAAUCCACAUAAAAGUGACAGCUGGGUCAUCGCUGUUGACACAAGCAAAACCAACGGUGUCCUCUCAAAAAACAAUAACACCAGAGAAAUCGAUUAACAACAGUAUCACUUUAUCAUCAAUUCUAAAUUCUCAAUCUUCGUCUUCAACCAACUCAAUGCUGACUUUCAACGUCAACUCGUUGCCUAAAGAUUUUCUCUCCAGUGCCGUUUUGACUAAAAUAGAAGACAGCGAUUUGAAGAAGGAAAAUGAUAAUGAUGAAGAUAUAAACAAUGAUGAACAACCUAUGGAGAUUGAUGAAGAUUGUUCCUUAGUACGAGUGGCAGAAGACGAGAAUAAUUUCGACGAUGAAAAUGAAGAAAAGUCCCAGGAGAAGUCUCAAUACUUCGACGUAAGUCUGCUCCCGCUCACUGAUGGGUCUACCAACGACACUAUACUCGGAAAACUGCAGAUAUUGGACCACGCUGAUGGUGAAGAAGAUGAUGAAGUCGAAGCAGAGACUAUAGUGAUGACAGGUGAAAAUGGAUCGAUAUUGCGAAUAAUGUCCGGACAGAAGCUGGUGUAUGAAAACGGAGAGAUCAGCCUGGCCACAGACGAUGAUAAUUCCAACCAGGAUGACAAUAACGAUGGACAUGAUUCCAAUGACGAAUCACAGAUAGAGUUGCAAGUUUCAGGCGACGAGGAAACAGCCAACGCGAUUAUAGCUGCUGCGCAAGAGCAAGGAGGCGCUUUCAUCAAAGUGGAGUCAGGCGAAAUGUUCAGAGUUAAAUCAGUACAAAGUAAACCCGCUGGAGGGUCUAAGGAAGAUAACCAAGCUUUACAGAUGGUGGGAACAGAAGGCGAUUUGUUCAAAUGUUUGCUGUGUCACAAUUCAGAUAAAGAAGAAGACCCUCUGAAGCUGGUAAUCAGUGAUGCAGAACAAAUGAUGCAACAUCUGAAGAGUGAGCACGAUGCAAGAAUAUACAUCUGUUCCAUAUGCAAGAAAAUUAUGAGGAAACGGAUCGAAUACACCGCGCAUAUAGAGGAGCAUUCGGCGAAAAUCAGUAAAUUUGUGAGCGACAGCGCGAAGCAACGGAUAAUGAACGAAUGCCCGCAGUGUAAUAAGAAAUACAGCUCGAGAACCCUUCUACAAGAGCAUAUGAACAUACAUAAUGGUAAUAGGCCCUACUCGUGUUCAGUUUGUAAGAAGUCUUUCGCGUCCAAAUACACUCACCAAGCUCACGUGAAGACACACAUGGCAAGGCCGCGUCCAUUCAAAUGCUCGCAAUGUUCGAAGUCAUUCUUCACACAACAGAACUUGAAUCAGCACGAGAAGACGCAUCUAGGCAUCAAAGACUUCGUUUGCAACGUCUGUGGUAAAGCAUUCGGUACGCAGCAUAACCUUGAAGUCCACGGCGUAGUACAUUCUGGUACGAAGCCCUUCGUGUGUGGCGUCUGCGCGAAGGCCUUCGCGAGACGAGCUGAGGUCAAGGACCAUAUGAGAAUACACACUGGCGAGCGUCCGUUCUCGUGCGAGGUGUGCGGCGCCACGUUCUCGCAGCGCUCCAACCUGCACUCGCACCGCCGCGCCACGCACCUCGACGACAAGCGCCACCACUGCACGCAGUGCCCCAAGAAGUUCAAGCGACGGAGGUUGCUGGAUUACCACAUAAAGGCGUCCCACACGGGCGAGCGUCCACUACAAUGCGAAAUCUGCCACGCGACGUUCGUGUACCCAGAGCAUUACAAAAAGCACGCCAGGAUACAUAGUGGGGAGAAACCUUACGUGUGCGAGGUGUGCGGCAAGUCGUUCAACUCCCGCGACAACCGCAACACGCACCGCUUCGUCCACAGCGACAAGAAGCCCUACGAGUGUCUCGUGUGCGGCGCCGGGUACAUGCGGAAGCAGCUGCUCUACACGCACAUGAACACCAGCGGUCACUUGGCUGAAUCGAUAGUAGUGAAUCAACCGAGAGUGCAGAAAGUGAAAGGAAAAGUUGAUGAAAAUGACCAGUUAACCACUGUUAUAGAACAACCGGAUGAACUGCAACUUAGCGCUAUCGAAUCCAAAUCGGAUGCUGCCCCGGAGAAUGAUGGAAUAACGAAAUUGUUUUUAACUGCCGACAAGAAAAUGAUUCUACAAGACGGCAAAAUAAACUUAGUACAAGAGAGUGUAGUGGACCCAACGUUGUUGACAUUUAUACAGAACCUGGAUGGCACUGGAAAGUCUGACGGCACACUGCAGGGGAUCAGUGCAGAGCAGUUAGGGGAGCAUGUACAGAUGGUAACAAGCGAUGAAAACGGCGCCAUACGUCUAGUAGAACUGCACAUCAACGCCAACCCUGCCACGUGGACGAUAAACCAGGAAUAAUUCGGAAAAAUCAGGAAUUUGGAUUGUUAUUUAUUUAGGGAAAGCCCUGGUCGGAAACCGCCUGAAUUACAUCGUAGUGACUUGGGCUCUAAGCCACAGAGUCGACUUUCAUCAUCCCCCUAGCAUCAUCCCGUUUUUCACAGGGUCCGCUAACCUAACCUGAAGAUUUGACAGGUCCGAUUUUUUACAGCAGCGACUGCCUGUCUGACCUUCCAACCCGCGCCAUCUAUCGUGUGUUUGGGGAACUUAGCCUGGAAAGUCCUUCGUUAAGAUAGUGAUAUUAGUUAUAAUUAACUUAACUUUCUACAUAUUUCAAAUAGCGUGUGCAUAUUUAUGGUGGAACCACAUCUGGCGAUCUCUCGCUCUAGCAAACCACGGUUCUGAGGAACAGAAAAGAAUAGAGGCAUUCCUAUGCCUCUAUAUAUAUAGCACCUCAUAGACCUCAGCACUCUCCUGAAUGCUAUGAGGUGCUCAUAGAUGUGGUUAGGUUGCGUUGCCAUUGACGCGGAGCUGUGCGCAGAUGUGCAGGAAUCGACCAAUCACCGUGAGGGAGAGAGUGACAGAGCGUCUUCGCUUUUCGCUCUCUCGAAUGCUGUUAUUGGUCAAAUCCGCACACCUCCGCUCUUCUCCGCCCAACUCCGCGUCAGUAGAAACCCGGCCUUAGGCUGCCUGUCCAUUGAAGCGGAGCGAGCUUGCGGAGCGGUGAAACGGAUAAAUAUUAACCAAUAGGAUUGCAUAAAAACUCCGCUCAGCUGCAGUGGACAGAGAUUGGUUAAUCCUAUUGGUUAAUAUUUAUCCCUUUUACCGCUCCGCAAGCUCGCUCAGCUUCAAUGGACAGGCAGCCUAAGGCCGGGUUUCUACUGACGCGGAGUUGGGCGGAGAAGAGCGUAGAUGUGCGGAUUUGACCAAUCACAGCGUUCGAGAGAGCGAAAAACGAAGACGCUCUGUCACUCUCAGUCAGUCUGUCAGUCAUUAGGUAAAUAUACAUAAGAUGCUGGUUUUAAAUAAAACAACUUUUAUAACUU